AUGAGUGAAAAGGAGUUGUGUAUAGAAAAGCUACAGAAGGCUUUGUUAAAGUUACCAAAGGAUGAUCUGGUCAAAUUACUCAAAAAUACGUACCAGGCCAUGAAAAUUAAACAUAACAUACCAAACCCCCAAAAUACCAAUAAACUGACACAAAAUAAUCUUAAACCUGAAAAUAAAUUACAUAAAUCCAAUUCACUAAAGGAUAAUUUUCUGAAAGAAAAUUCUCUAAAAGAAAAUUCUCUAAAAGAAAAUUCUCUAAAAGAAAAUUCUCUAAAUAAGAAUACAAGAAGAAAUACAAAAUUAUGUAAUCAAAAUUGUAAUUUUAAAAGUCCACAGCCUAACCACUCUCAAUCCCAUUCUCACACUUUUAAUACUGUGGAUAAACCUAAUAAUACUGUGGAUAAAAUUAAUACUACUGUGGAGAAACCUAAGUGCUCUGUACUCACCAAACACAUCCACAACACACAAAAUACGACUCCCAACACCCUAAAUAAUACUGUAAACAAUGUGAAUAACACUGUAAAUAAUGUAAACUCUGGGACUGUAAAUAUGAAUGUGAAAGAUAGUGUAAAUACUGUGACAAAUGAUUUGGAGGAGGAAACGGAUGAGACGGUGGACACAAUUGACAUGGAUGAGGAGAUAACAUUUAGGAGUCAGGAGUUCCAGGUCCAAGUGCCUGAACUUGACUUAACCUUAGCACACGAAUAUAUUAACUCGAAACACGCCAAAAAUUCACUAAAAGAUGAAAAAACUAUUCUAACACCCAAAUUCUCCCUCAAUCCCUCAUACAACUGCUAUAACAACUCAGUUAACUCUAACAUUACGAACAUCAGUAAUCCCUUGGUAAGUUUUAAGAGGGUAAAUAGUAGUAAUAUACCCUCAGUCAAUCCUCUCAACACUGUUAACCCUGGGAACUGUGUAAACUGUGUGAACCCCGUUACCAGUGUGAACUCUGUAAACUCAGUUAACAGUGUGAACCCAAGGAUAAAUGUGUAUGGAAUGAGUAGUGUGCAAUAUUUGAAAGGAUAUGGCGGAAAUGGAGUGGUUUGGCCAGUGGUUCCGGUAAAUUAUCCCUGUUUAAGACCUGUGCAGAUUAUCAGAAGACCCUUUUAUCCCAGAUCAAGAUCACUUCAAAGGUGAUACACAUGUAAUGUAAGAUGUAUUAUUUGAACUGGUGAUAAAAUUUUUAUCUCAAAUUCAGGGAUAAAUCCGGGAUAAAUGAUGUGUAACUUAAGUUUUAAAUUGUGCUUGAAACUUAAAUUUUUCACCCAAAUCAACGUAAAUUAUUAUUUGUGUGGUUUUAAUUAAUGUUAAACUGGGAGUAAGGGGAGGAUUUGGUGGAGUUUGUUGGAGUUUGGAGUAUGAGGGAGUAGGUGGUGGACCCAAGAUUCGAAU